AAUUUUUCUUAUUUGCGUUUUUUUAGUCAUAUCAUAGAGAUAUUUUUGCGCUUUUUAAUAAUAAAUUUUUCAUUAUUAUUAAUAUAAUCUUAGAAAAAAUUUCUAAUUAAACAUGGAAUCUGAGGAUUCAAUAGUGUUUGACGACUUGAACAUUUCAGAGGAAAUUGUUGGAGACAGUGAUUGUGGUUUAGAUAGUUGUGAAAGUUUAAAGUAUGUUUCUAAAAUAAGUUCCUUGCACAUCCAAGACGUAAGUCUGCAUGAUGAAUAUAUAGAUUAUAAAAUGGAAGAAAAGUUUUCUGAAAGUGAGGGAGAGUUUUUUGAUUUUGUUUUGGAGAAGGUUUUCGAUGCUGAAUCUUUAAAGAUUCCUGCCAUAAAAAAAGUAGAUGACUUUAUUGGGGUCCAAAGAGUAGAUGACUGUAAUGCUGAGGGUUUUGUUAUGAAAGAGGUAGAAUACAAAGAGAAACUUACAGGAAAAAGGUUAUCAGAUAAUAAAAGACCAUCUAGACUCUGCAUAUUUUGUGGCCAAAUGAAACAAAAGCUAAGUAGACAUUUAAAAAAUAAGCAUGGAAAAGAGCCUCUGGUUGUUGAGGCUGUGAAUCAGCCAAAGUUAGUUAGUAAAAAACUCUUUGCUAAAAUAAGAAGAGAAGGAAUAUUAAUUUACAAUAAAAGUCAGUCUUCCACUGAUAAUCCUAUAUAUCAACGUGAAAAAAGUGGCACCAAAUAUAAAAAUUUAAUGCGAUGCAGUGCUUGCAACAGUUUCAUAAGCAAGAGGUUCUUCACCAGGCAUGCUCAAAAGUGUUCACUUAGUACAAUUAAUGCAGUUGAACCAAUUCCAGUUUCUACUGAAUCGUUAGAUAUCCCCAAGUCGCUAGAUCUUGACCCAGGUUUUGUAAGGAAUGUUUUAGGAAAAAUUAGAAAUGAUGAGAUUGGUAAACUAUGCUGCACUGACGAAAAUAUUGUAUACAUUGGUUCUAAGUUGUAUUGGAAACUUCACAAAAAAGAGGAUAAAGCGGCAGAAGUUUUUCGAUCUGUAAGGGGAGAUAUGCGGCGACUUGCAAAUUGCUAUAAUAUUUUUAAGCAGCUGGAUGGUAUACAUGCUUUAUAUUCCAACUCUCUAGAUAUGUUUAAUCGGAGUAAUUUUGAGCAACUUUCUGAGGCCAUAGAAUUGUAUACAAAAAGAGAAGAUUUGUCUCUUAAAGCAGGCUUAAAACAAAACUUGUAUUAUCUUAUCAAAAAAUCUGCAACUCUUGUGCAGUAUUCAUUUUACUCAAGGAAGAAAGAUGAUGAAGCUGCUGAGAUUUCCAAAUUUAUUCAAUCUUUUAAGGGUUGGCAGGAUUAUCUAUUUGGUGAUGCAACAUACCAUUUAAAUAAAAAACGACAAAUUAAUUUAAGAAAACCAUCAAGACUUCCACAAGAAGAUGAUUUACUUAUUGUUAAAAAUCACGUAAUAGAGCUAAUGAGUUCAAUCUGCAGUAAAUUUCAUUUUGAUGAUGAAAGCAGUUAUAAAAAGCUUAGAAAUGCUGCAUGUGCACGCAUAACUUUAUUAAAUGGCAGAAGAGGUGGUGAACCUGCUCGAAUUUUGUUAGCAGAUUGGUUGCAAGGAGAAAAUGAUGAAUGGAUUGAUAAACAAAGACUGAAAAAACUUGACAGUUUAGACCGCAUUUUAGUGAAGAGUAUGAAAGUUAUUUACAUGACUGGAAAAGGUAAUAACCAUCUAGUACCAGUAAUUAUUCCAGGAGACACAAUUCUUGCAAUGAAAAAACUUUCUAACGAAUGUUACCGUAAAGUUGGUCGCGUUCUUGCAAGUAAUAAGUUUAUAUUUGCAAGCUCAAAAGGAUCUGAAAAUCAUGUUUCAGGGUGGCAUGUUGUGAACAAAAUUUGUUCAAAGUUAGUAUUAAAAUCACCAAAGGACAUAAUUGCCACCAAAAAUCGGCAUAGGAUUAGCACACUUUUUGCAUCUCUUGAUGUAGAAGAAAAAGAUAAAGAGUUAUUUUACUCCCAUAUGGGACACUCUGAAAAAAUGAAUCAAGACUUUUAUCAGGCUCCAUUGGCAUUAUUGGAAUUAACACGUGUUGGGAAGCAACUAAUGAAAAUUGAUGCUGGACAAUCUGAUGUGAUACAGGAUCUGCCUACAAAAGAAUCUUAUAAUGUUAUUGAUAAAGAAUCUGAUGAGAAUGUUGUUGAUAAAGAAUCUGAUGAGAAUAUUGUUAAGGAAAAUGACUCUCACACUUUAACUUUAAAAGAUCUAUAUCUAGGUAGUGGUGUUUUUGGCAUUAAGGAGAAAGUUGGUGAUUUUCCUCUUAAGAAAAUUAUGGUUGAUAAUCCAACUUUAAAAAAUAAAUGUUCAUCAUCUAUAUCAGAUGAACAAGAAGAAAUAUCAGUAAAGACAAUUGAGUCAAAUAUUGGUGCUAAUUUCACUAAAGUUUUUAACGGUUUAAACCUAAAAGUUUAUCCAAAAAGGUCACUCAAAAAAGUUAAUUAUGCAAAUGUAGAAAAUAAUGAAGAAAAGGUUCAAGAAAGUGAAUCUGAUUACACUAAUGAAAGCCAAGAUGAGGACAGUGAAAAUUUUGAUUUAGAUGAAAAACGAGAUCUUAGUUCCAAAUCAAAACCAAGAAAGUGGAGUGUAAAGCAGGCUGAAGCUUUGAAUCGUUACUUUGGGGAUUUUAUCUGCGGAAGAAUUUCUGAUUGGCCUACUCGCAAAGAAAUAGAAGGUUUUCGAAUAAAAAAUGCAAUUGAUUUUCCUUACUCGAAAAUCCGCUCCAAAUUAGUCAAUGAUCGCGAGAAAAACAGACGACAGAUAAGUAUAAGGGCCAAACUUUCGGAUAAACGAUGCAAAGACAUGAACAUGUAGAUUGUUACUCAUGUAAUAAAAGUAUUUAUUUUGGCAA